AUGACGAAGAAGCUUAAGCCGAAGCUGCAUGUGCGCGACAACAUUGUCGAUUUUCUUUUACGAACGGAACGGUUCUUGAAGCAAUACGACCCGGCCAAUCACGCUCUCCAGGUCCAAUCCAGAAUCGACAAACUCGACGAAAAAUGGGACGAAUUCGAAGAGGCUCAAACGCAAAUAGAGGAGAUGGAGGAACAUGUAGAAAAGGUGAAUGAACACAAGCACACUCGGGCCCAGUUUGAGGAGUUGUACUUCAAGGUAAGGGCAGAGUUGAAAGCGAAAUUGCCAUCCACCACUCCCAUUACUCUCCCCACCCCCUCUGGAACCUCACGCACCCCCUCAUGUGGCAAUAUUCAAUUACCCAAAAUAAAUCUACCAGAAUUCAAUGGGGAAUUCGACAAAUGGUUGCCAUUUUAUGACACAUUUAAAUCGCUGAUCCAUGGCAAUCCGGAUCUGAGCGCGAUACAACGUUUUCAUUAUUUACGAGCGUCUCUAAAGGGUGAGGCGUUGAAGGUCGUUGAUGCAUUCCCAAUGAGCGAAGCGAGCUAUGGGGUUGCCUGGUCUGCGUUGACCAAACGUUAUUCGAAUGUGUACUUGCAGAAAAAGCGACACGUAAACGCUUUGCUACAGUACCCGAAGUUGAAAAAGAUGACUGCGAGUGGAAUCCAUGACGUCAUCGAUUGCUUCGAUCGACAUCUGAAAAUUUUGGAUUUAUUAGGAGAAGCAACAACGGGUUGGGGAGCGAUACUGACGCAGCUAUUAGUAUCGAAGCUGGACGAUGCCACGCAGAAGGAAUGGGAGGAGUUUGCCGUGAAAAGGGAAGAGCCUGCCUAUCUACACGUGAUGGAGUUCUUAGAAGGUCAAACCCGGAUUCUGGAUGCGAUUGCAGUCGACCAGUCCUCCGAAAACCAGCGCGCCCCACAACUCUCUGUGUCCACUCCGUUUAAGAAACCAGCACCGAAGUUGUCAGUCCACGCAGCGUCGGAAGGCUACUCGCCAAAAUGUGUCUCUUGCAGCGGUCCUCAUUACUUAAGUAAUUGUCCACAGUUCGUGAAGAUGCCUUUGGAUAAGCGGUUCCAGGUCGUCAAUUCGAAAAAACUAUGUAGCAACUGUCUCCGACGUGAUCACUACAGUCGAGACUGCAAUUCCAAGUACCGUUGCCGUACGUGUCGCAAGAAGCAUCACACUCUACUUCAUCCUGGGCCAUCAGCAUCCGGUUCUGGUUCUGCGGCUGAUGCUCAGGUCUCUGAUCAAUCUCAAUCAGGUAGUUCUGUUUCUUCCACGACUACGACAGCUACAGUGGAAAUUCCUCGGCAGUCUCUUCAAAGCUCGGUGGCUACAAUCUACGCGGCCAAUAUUUCAGCAGAUUCGAGGGAGGCGCACAUAUUUUUGUCGACGGUUUUGGUAUCGGUGAAGGAUCGCAAUGGGCGGUUGCAUACAGCGAGAGCGCUACUGGACAGCGGAUCGCAAGCAAAUCUUAUCUCGGAGAGGCUGUGCCAGCUUCUGAAGCUACCUAGAAACGGAGUCUAUAUCCCAAUUUCUGGUGUCGGCAGUGCGCGGGUUCAGAUAAACGGUUCUGUGUCUGCCACGAUCGGUUCUCGAAUUUCGGAUUAUUCGGUACCGAUGGACUUCCUGGUCAUCAAGAAGGUUACGGAGGACCAACCGUCAACAACAAUUCCAAUCGGUAAUUGGAAACUUCCAUCUGACAUGGCGUUGGCGGAUCCUGGUUUUAACAAGCGAGCAUCGAUCGAUCUUCUCCUGGGUUUGGAGUACUUCUACGAAUUCUUGCUCUUGAAUAGUGGUCGAGUGCAAAUUCAGCGCAUCGGCGAAGGACUUCCACUCUUUGUUAACACCGUUUUCGGGUGGAUUGCAGCCGGCAAGGCCGACUUGGGAAGCCUGAACCCUGUUCCGUGUUGCCACGCGACGAUCAACACAAGCACCUUGGAAGAGAAAAUCGAGCGGUUUUGGACGAUUGAAGAGCUACAAGAUGUGCCGAAGCUGACACAGGAAGAGCAAGACUGCGAGGAGCAUUUUCAAAAUACUUUCUCCCGUGAUUCGACUGGGCGAUAUGUGGUGCGUCUGCCAAAGCGAAUGGGUUUCGAGCAAAUGAUCGGCGAAUCGAAGGACAUGGCCUUGCGGAGACUACUGCAGCUUGAACGGCGAUUCGAGAAGGACUCGAAGCUUCGGAAGCGAUACAACGAUGCAAUACAAGCGUACUUGGAUCAAAAUCAUAUGGCAAUCGUUCCAGAGAAGGAAUUGAAGCGCGAUAAACGGAUUGCCUGCUAUCUGCCUCAUCAUCCGGUCUUCAAGGAAUCAAGCUCGACGACGAAGAUUCGACCGGUAUUCGACGGUUCAGCCAAGACGACAUCAAACCGCUCACUGAAUGAUGCUCUCAUGACGAGUCCGGUGAUCCAAGACUCACUCUUCGAUCUGCUUCUUCGGUUCCGCAAGCAUUUGGUGGCUCUAGUUGCUGACAUCGAGAAGAUGUACCUGCAGGUGAUAAUACACCCCGAUGACACCCCUUUGCUCCGGAUCUUGUGGAGGUUCUCACCAACGGAACCAAUUUCGACGUAUGAGAUGUCCAGGGUCACUUUCGGGUUAGCGCCAUCGUCGUUCCUCGCCACACGGUGUUUACAGCAACUGGCGCAUGAUGAAGGUGAUCAAUUUCCACGAGCGAAGACGGCGCUAGUUUUCGAUUUUUACGUCGACGAUUAUAUCGGUGGGGCGGAAUCGGAAGAAGAGGCUAUCUUGCUGCGGCAAGAAUUGGUACAGCUGUUGUCAAAAGGUGGCUUCAGACUGCACAAAUGGGUAUCGAACUCGAAAGCAGUAUUAACUUCCGAUGAAUUGGGAACAUCGUUUGCUUUGAGUUUCGACCAGGAGCGUGUGAAAACGCUAGGAAUUAGCUGGCAGUCAGGGCCAGAUCUGCUAAGCAUCGAUGUAUCAGGUCUCACUGUAAGCGGACAGUGGACUAGGCGCAAGGUGUACUCCGUCAUUGCUCAAUUAUUCGAUCCUACCGGUCUCACAGCUCCUGUUAUUGCCUGGGCUAAGAUUCGAAUGCAACUACUCUGGGUGGCUACUCAGGGUUGGGAUGAUCCGUUAUCACCGGAUUUGGAGAAGCAGUGGGCAGAUUUCUACCAACAACUUCCGUCACUCGCCAACGUCAAGGUGGAUCGACACGCAUUCACCGAUCAUCCAGUACUGACAGAGUUCCAUGUGUUCUCCGACGCAUCCGAGGCAGCCUACGGAGCAUGCAUCUAUGGCCGUUCGAUUAGCAUGUCCGGGCAGAUUAAGGUCGAAUUACUAGCAGCAAAAUCUCGUUCUGCAAGCCUGAAGAAGGCCACACUCGCGAGGUUAGAGCUAUGCGGUGCCCAUAUUGCUGCCAAACUAUAUCGUGCGACCGUGCACGCACUCAAGAUGGAGGAGAUCGAGGCUCGUUUCUGGUCAGAUUCGACUAUCGUACUAUCGUGGCUGAAGCUGCCACCAUACGUCUGGCCUACUUUCGUUGCUAACCGGGUCUCACACAUCCAGGAGAUUACGAAGAGACACCAGUGGAAUCACGUGAAAGGGACAGAGAAUCCAGCCGAUCUCGUGUCGCGAGGAGUUAUGCCAAAGGACCUAGCAGAGCUACCACACUGGUUUCAUGGUCCACACUGGUUAUCGCUUCUUGAUCAACAUUGGAAUACCCGAGAACAUUUGGAAUACGAGCAGCCUGCGGAAGAAUUGCUGGAGAAGAAGAAGAACGUGCUCGUGGUAACGGAGCACGGUCAACUGCAUCCACUGUUGGAUCGAUAUUCGUGUUAUUGGAGGAUGUUGCGGAUUACGGCAUACUGCGUGAGAUUCGUACGAAGUUGUCAACGUCGCAGAUCGCUCCUCGCAACCCCGAUGCUUAACGUCAAGGACUUACAAGAGGCUAAGUAUGCAUUGGUGCGAGGUAUUCAACGGGAGUCAUUCGCUGUGGAGAUAAAGGCGCUUGUUAAUCAUCGUGCUGUUCCUGCCAGUUCGUCGUUGAAGUUACUCAACCCGUUCCUAGACCAGCACGGCAUACUUCGAGUUGGUGGCCGGCUCAAUCUUGCCGAAGAAUCGUACGCUGUUCGACACCCCAUGAUUAUCCCUGGGAAUCACUCUUUUUCGCGACAAGUGGCAGUCGCAUAUCACGAAAUCUCGCUUCAUUCUGGUCCUCGUAUGACGCUCGCUCAAAUCCGGCAAGAAUUCUGGCCCAUAAACGGCAAGGCAUUGGCAACCUACACGUUCCGACAUUGUAUUCGCUGUUUUCGAGCUAAACCUGUCCCUGUCUCGCAACCUUCUGGCCAAUACCCAAAAUCCCGUACAACUCCCUCUCGAGCUUUCACUGUCACUGGUGUGGAUUACUGCGGUCCGAUCUUUUUGAAGCCCGUUCACCGAAAGGCUGCAGCUCAGAAGGCAUACAUCGCCGUUUUCGUGUGUUUUAGCACUAAGGCGGUCCACCUCGAACUGGUAGGGGACCUCACUACCGCUGCUUUCCUGUCUGCUUUGCGACGCUUCGUGUAUCGUCGAGGUUUACCUGCUGAGAUUCAUUCGGACAAUGGUCUCAACUUCCAAGGCGCCAGCAACCAUCUUCGAGAGCUCUACGAUCUACUACGUGACCCAGUCGCGACGGCAAAAAUCGCUCCUGAAGCUACCCAGCGUGGCAUCAGCUGGAAGUUUAUCCCACCACGAGCACCCAAUUUCGGCGGCCUCUGGGAGGCGGUCGUAAAAUCCGCAAAGACAUCACUAAUCCGAGUCCUGGGUCAACGACAGCUCUCUUUCGAAGACAUGACGACGGUCCUCACUCAGAUCGAAGCUGGUAUGAACUCGCGCCCUCUCACCCCACUGUCUUUCGAAGACAUGACGACGGUCCUCACUCAGAUCGAAGCUGGUAUGAACUCGCGCCCUCUCACCCCACUGUCAGAAGAUCCGCGUGAAUUAGACGUGCUUACUCCUGGUCAUUUUCUGACGGGCACAUCCCUGCUGGCAAUUCCCGACCCGGACUACAUGGAUGUCCCCACAAAUCGGCUGCAACACUACCAGCAACUACAGCAGCUGGUUCAGCAUCAUUGGAAACGGUGGAAGCAGGAGUAUAUCUCGCAGCUCCAUAACCAGAACCAACGAUUUCUUCGUGCCACACCGCUCAAAGUGGGCCAAAUGGUGGUCCUCAAGGAAGACGGAAGCGCAGCUAUCGAAUGGCCGCUAGCUCGCAUCAUCGAAAUCUACCCUGGCCCCGACGGCGUAGUGAGGGUAGUGAAGGUACGAACGCCGACUGGAGCAGUCUACAAGCGGCAGGCUGCGCGUGUCUGUUUGCUACCAUUCGAGAAAGUAGAAACCACGCAGUCGACGAUCUCCGCCGACCCUCAACCUCCGAAUCCAACCCCGAAGGACGACCUGUAA